AGCCUCUAGUACUUCCAUGGGCCAAAUAACGAGCCCUGUACCCUAACAGCGCCGCGGCAGCAUCGCAGUUGCGGAGGUUUAUCGAUAGUUAAUGAGGCUGAGACGGCGAGGAGGAGUCGCGGCUCGCUCUGCUUUGCAGACUAACGCGUAACUUCCUGCUAGGUUUGGGAUCUAUUGCCACUUUGUUGAUCGAUGGGGUACGUGCAAGAAGCCAGAGAGAAUCAUGUGAAGAAGAAAGUGGAAGAAGCUUUGCGUAGUAAAAUGAAGCAAAAGGCACUCAAGGAAUGCGACCAUUAUGUUGCAAAAUAUGCUGAAUGUGCUUCUGGAAGAACUCUAUCUGUAGUUUGGCUCUGCAGGAAGCAGGCAAAGCUGUUAAAUGAAUGCCUUCAUGAUUACACCAAUGACAGUGUAUUGGAAGAAAUGAAGAGAGAAUACAUAAAUGAGGGUAGCAAAUAAGAAGAGAACAAUCUGUGCAAAUACUUCCAGCUCGCUUGACUUGUUGAUGAUAAAUGAUAUGUUAUUCAGUCUAAUUUCUAUA